UCUCUUAAAUAAAUGUACAUACUCAUCAAACAAGUACGAGUACCCUUACCCAACAAAUCCCCCUCCAACCAUCCAUGAAAACCCCAUCACCCAAAAACGUCGAUGCUUGAUUCCAAACCAUGUCCAACCACAAGCCAGCCCCGCCCCGCCAUACACAUGCACAUGCAUGUAUCGCAUCGCAUCAAACCAUCCCAAGCCGCACCAGCCAAUCCAGGGCAGCACGGCACAGCGGCGGUGAUUGAAUUAACGUCGGGUACGCUGGGCUGCGAUUUUGGCCCCCCCGAGACGGCAUAAUUGCAGCGUCCUAAGGCUCUUCUUCAGGGGUCACUCACAACGCUGAGUGGUUGAUCCAGGACCUUCCUGCAUCGACCCCAACAAGCCAGAGCGCCUCUCCAGCAAAAGGACUGUACAUUGCAGAGAGAGGACAACACAGGGCCGGCCUCAAUCCGCCCAAUGGAACCCGGUCCAUCGAUCAGGACCAGAGACCUGAACUAGACAGAUCAGACCAAGAGCAGGACCCAAGAUGAAAUUUAUUCCUUUCUUCUGCAUGACACCAACCUGACUACCUACCUCCCUAACCUCCGUCAAUCUUCCUAACCUCCUAACCUCCAUUCUAUCUUCCGGCAAGUCUUUUCCUCCCCCUUUAUUUUCUCUCUCAAGUUUCUUUACCUGGAAAUCUACCCUACUACUGCCCACCAACAAAAACAAAGCGCUCACAUAGCCGCCGUAUGCCCUGGUCUAAUCACUUCUGACUGCCGAUCCGGUGACGACAAGCUUGAAACUCACUGGAGAAAAGGCGGGACUGAACCUGACCUGACAGGGCAGCAGGGACGGGGACGCGGACGCGGACGCGGACGGCUGACACGACAAAGUACAGUACAGACGCAGCCGUAGCCGUAGCCGCCCAGACAAACGACAGACACACCCUCAACACGUCGUCCAACAACCACGACGAAAUCCUCGACUUGACCUGACCAGACCUGACCUACCGACGACGACAAUAGCUUCGAAUACCUCACCGUUGUAGCAAUCGUCAAGACGCAAGACAUCCUCUCUACCCGGCAUACGCUGACUGCUGCCGCACCGGUGGAUUGGACAACGGUACCGCCGACCUGAUGCAAGAGCAGAAUCCCACACAGGAGAGUACCGGCUACGGAGGAUCAGGGACAGGAUCAGGAACAGGAACAGGACCAGACGGAGAAAAUAGAGCUCUGCAAGGAGGUUCGGCAACCUCACUUGCACAAUACCCAACACACAACAUAGAUCCCUUCCCCCAACAACAACCCAAAAUGUCCUCCCCAGCACCCCUCCUCCGCCCCCCAAUCCCAGGCUCGCGCUCCAACGGCGGCGCCCGCACCCCCCGCCUCGGGCUCGCCAUCCCCCCCUCCCCAUCCGCCAAACCCGUCGACGGCGCCUCUGUUACUACCGUCGCAGCAGCAGGAGCAGCAGCAGGUGGUGGUGGAGGUGGUGGAGGUGGAGGUGGAGGACGACCAUCCGGGCUCUCCCUCCAAAUGCCCGGACAGCAGAUGGCCCCUCGACCAUCACUACCUCGCCUGCAACUAGCCACUCCGAUGGGCAGCAACCAGACGCCGUACGAGCAGUCGGGACUGCAGAACGGGCGGCCGAGCGGCGUGCAGGUGGCUGCUACGGCGGGACAGUCUGCCAGCGGUGGGAGCGAGAGCAGUGCUGCGCAUUCGAGGUCGGGGAGUUUUGGGCCGUUGGAUGGGAGGGCGAGUGGGCCGACGAGUGCGGGCUCGCAGUAUUCUGCUUUCUCCCUUGCGAGUCAGUAUGGGUUGAGGCAGCCGCAGGGGACGCCGGAUCCGUCGUCGGCGGUGGGGUCGCUGUAUUCGGAGAGGAGUGAGGGUGGGGUGGGGAUGGAGAGGGAUGGGAGUAUGAAUGGGCUGGAGGGGUUUGAUAAGUUGAGCCUGGAGAGGGGGAGGACACUUGAUGUGGAGGAUUUGGAUGAUGAUGGGUGGCGUGUAGCGAGUAUGGAGAAGCGGAUUGAGGAAUUGAGUAGUUUGGGAGAAGGAGCUGGAGGAGCAGUCACGAAAUGUGUAUUGAAGGGUGGAAAGACGAUAUUCGCUUUGAAGAUCAUCACCACAAACCCCGACCCAGACGUCAAGAAGCAAAUCGUCCGCGAACUGGGAUUCAACAAAGACUGCGCCAGCGAGCACAUCUGCCGCUACUACGGCGCGUUCGUCGAGCCCUCCACAGCCACCAUAUCCAUCGCCAUGGAGUUCUGCGAAGGCGGCUCCCUCGACAGCAUCUACCGCGAAGUGAAGAAGCUCGGCGGCCGCACGGGCGAAAAGGUCCUCGGCAAGAUCGCAGAGGGCGUCCUCAACGGGCUCACCUACCUCCACAGCAAGAAGAUCAUCCACCGGGACAUCAAACCCAGUAAUAUCCUGCUGUGUCGCGAUGGGCAGGUUAAGUUGUGUGAUUUCGGUGUUAGUGGUGAGUUUGGGACUAAGGGCGAUGCGAAUACGUUUAUCGGGACCUCGUACUAUAUGGCACCGGAACGAAUUACCGGACAGUCAUAUACGAUUACCUCUGAUGUCUGGUCUACAGGCGUGACGUUACUGGAAGUCGCACAGCAUCGAUUCCCCUUCCCAGCCGACGGGACGGAAAUGCAGCCUCGAGCUGGCCUGAUCGACCUCCUAACGUAUAUUGUUCGGCAACCGAUUCCAAAGUUGAAGGAUGAGCCGGAUGCGGGCAUCAAGUGGACGGAUAAUUUCAAGUAUUUCAUUGAGUGCUGUCUCGAAAAAGAACCUUCCCGCCGCGCCUCACCCUGGCGUAUGCUUGAGCACCCUUGGAUGAUAGAGAUGCGUGCCAAGCGAGUCAAUAUGGCGCAUUUUUUGUCGACGGUUUGGGGGUGGGAGGAGAAAUGACGGAAGCGGGGGGAUGCUUCUGAUGAUGAUGAUGAUGAUGAUGAUGAGUCGAGG